UGCAGUGGCCGUAGAGAUGGGACUGCACAGUAUAAGGGCAGGUCUGUUUCCACAGAGGACAUUUGAGAGAGAGGCUUUUGUGUGAGGAUGGCCUGCCAUGCCAAGAGCCUGCAUGGAGCACACGUACACCCCCCAGGCUGGCCAUGGCAGAAUCCUUACCCCAUUACUCAAUUAAUGAGUGUUGCAGAGUGUGCGGGGCACCAGUGCUCACUGGUAUGGAAGACUUAGCUGAGAUUUAACCCCCACAACCUCUACAUCUCAGGUCAUGAACUUUAACCACAAUAGAGGACAAAUUGAAUGACCCUUAACCCUCAAAGCUGGCCCCUAACUCAUGUUAAUGUACGGACAUGAAAUGCGUAGUAUUUUCAAUAUAAAGCCUAACAUGAUAAUACUCUUUAAUAAUAAUCAAAAUAUGAAUGUACAGAAAGCCCAAACCAAUGCAUUGCAAUGAGGAAAUCAGCACAGUAGACACAAAUACAGUGUUAUAAGUGUUUAAAGUCAUGUUCCUAUUAAAGCCCUUGCUGGUUGCUGAAGUGUUGGCUGCAUCUCCACAAUGCAAACAGUCACGGUGAGACAAAGGUGCUACUUGCACCAUUGCCUUAAUUGCGCAGGUAAAUUGGACUAUUAGAGUCAUUAGUAUCCAGCAUGGAGCAAUUGCUUGAUGGAUUGCGGGCCGGAUUAUAUUGACUUUCUCCCAGGGUGAUAUAUUGGCUAAUUCAGAAGCUCUUAAAAUACUGUCUGAGAGUGUCCUCCUGGUCACCAGCAUCAGCUCAACACAAUCCACACAGUUUACGUUGCUAAUUUGCUUUCCCCCAUUUUCUCUCACAUGGACAUUUAAUCCUCAUAACGGCCUCAUUAUUUGUCUAUGGAUAUGUUCUAAUCUGGGGUUGAGGAAAAGAAAAGUGGAGCUUUGUGUAGACUGGCCGCUGUGCUGCUGAAGGACAAUUGUCAGGCGCCAUCAUCAACACCUCGCUUUCACAGUGUAUCCACAUGGAACUGAUGUGUUAAUACUGUCUAACCGUGCAUAUUUCUGUGACUGACAUGUUAGUGGCAGUAUAUGUUGUCCCCAAAUCAAAUGACACUGUACACAAACAGGUCUCUCCAGUGAUUUUAUUUUGGCCAUAGUUGUAGUCAUGGGUUUAUUUCUCUCCUCCAGAGCCGAUGCGGACCCCGAAGAAGCUGAAGAUUGCGGAGACCCAGGCCAGGUUCAUCGCUGUGGACUGGGAGUCUCUGGGCUACAACAUCACCCGCUGCCACACCUUCAACGUCACCAUCUGCUACCAUUACUACAACGCCAACAAUCAGACCAAGGCCGACUGCCUGGACAUGGACCCCAAGGCCCCACGCCACGUGGUGGGCAACCUGCCCCCCAACACCAACGUCAGCCUCAAGAUGAUCCUCACCAACCCCGAGGGACGCAAGGAGAGCGACGAGACCAUCAUCCAGACAGAUGAAGAUGGUAUGCACUGUACAUAACGGAUAGUUGUCACGAAAACAGGGAGGCUCUUUUUAAUGUUCAGAUUUCAGAUGUAGAAUUCACACUUAUUCAUCAGUGCUAACGAUCAAGCUCACCCACAUACAUUGUGCGUGUUUUUAUAUCUCUAUAAUACUAAUUUAUUUUGAAACGAUAGCUGUAUCGCGCACUGUUUCUAGCCAGUUGAGAUUGACUCAUGCUCUUUGCUGCCCCCUGUGAUUCCUACAGCUGGGCUGUUAGUCAUUUCAAAGCAGGGCACGUUUUUCCCCUGCUGCUCUCUGAGUAAACACUAGCUGGAUAGCUAACCAAGGGCUGAGAUAACAGCACUGGCGGCAGCCUGGAAUUUGUAACUCACAUUAAACGCUUCAGCAUUAUAAUCAUGCAGCUAGGUGACCAGCUCUAUCCUGUGGCUACCGGCAGACGUUGUCCCUUUUUUAUAUUUAUUUUAUUUAACCUUUAUUUAACCAGGUAAGCCAGUUGAGAACAAGUUCUCAUUUAUAACUGCGACCUGGCCAAGAUAAAGCAAAGCAGUGUGAUAAAAACAACAACAACACAGUUACAUAUGGAAUAAACAAAACGUACAGUCAAUAACACAAUAGAAAAUCUAUAUCCUUGAAGAGGACCUUUAAAUCUCACUUCACGUUCACACAAGCCCAGGACAUAAUGAUAUGGAAAUGACUGAGCCUUCUGUAAUUGUUCCACCAGAACUUAUUUGAACUUUUCCCUGAUUCUGCAUGUAUCUAGAGCUUUGAUUUUGGGCUUAUAUUCCAGUCCAUCUGUCUGAUUUGUUUUUAGCAUGUCAAACCAAGCCCAUUUUCAGUAGCAUCAGACAGGAAAAAGGAAUGCAUGCAUUUAGUUUUUUAUGUGGAAAAAGCUGAUGUCUCAGUGACAUCCAUCCAGUAGAUUUGAUAAAUAUAAGUUUGUCUGACUGGGGGGUGAGGAGAGGAGAAGAGAGGCCUACGUAAACAGUUCCUCUAACACUGAUCUGGAGACAGCAGACACGCACGUACGCGCCGCCCCGGGCACUGCUCCUCUCUUCAGACAGACAGGCCUGUGAACUGGUCACGCUACUGCUCUCUGUUUGUCUGUCUGCUGUGAGGGAGAGGGCUUUGGACAUCCCCGACCCAGCCUGACUAGACUAGAACACAGCCCAGGGAGACAGGCAUGCAGGCAGACACAGCCCCAUGGCAGAACAGUCCCGUGGCAGCCAUAGAGACCCAUGGGACUGCCAGGUUUCAUCAGUAGUGAUGAGGCUGUCAGUCAGUAGUGUUCACCAAUCCAGGACAUAUUACGAAGGUCCUCAGAAUAUUAGGCUACCACUGUUACCCAUUGACAGCCCUGCUAUCUCAGCUAUUGUACUUCUAAAACAUUAGACAUAACACUUGUUUGGAUCCAAUGUUAUGUUUAGUGGAUAGGAAGUAUCUUUGUAGAGUGUUCCUAUACAUUAACGUUCUGGAUUGGAGAUUCUACUCAAUACAUUUUAUUUUUCACUGAUCAGUAUUCAUGUCACAGAGGUCUGGCACGCUGGUUUCUCUGGCUGAUGGAUGUGCUCUAAUGGUGAAAGGGAUAAAGCCCCCAAAUUAAAGGAGACUCAUUUGAUCAUAAAACAUGCAGACAGAGAGAGAGGAUGCUCUUGAAAGGACAUUGCACCUUGAUCUCAUCUCAUGUAAAUACAUUGUCGAAAUUCAAUAAAAAACACCAGGGAUUUGAGUGUCUGCCAUUCAGUGCAAGCACAGCACUCUACAUUAUUAUGCCAUUUUCAACAUGCUGCUUUACUGUAAGUAAAACCAAUCAGUGGUCUCGUUACGGGCGCAGAGGCUCAGGAGUGGCUCUCUCUGUGAAAAUAGGAUUCAUUACAGCACAGUGGCCUUCCUUUGAUUGCAUUAGGACUCACUCCUCCUGUCUUCUGUCCUAAUGCAGUGCCUGGCCCCGUUCCCAGCCAGUCCAUGAAAGCCACACCGUUCGAGGAUCGGAUCUUCCUCUACUGGAAGGAACCACUGGAGCCCAAUGGGAUCAUCACCCAGUAUGAGGUAAUGAAGCAUUAUGGUCAGAAGGAGGUGGGGGGAGGGAGGGGAGGGGAGGGGAGAGUUGGGGAAGGGAGGGGGGAGGGAGAAGUGGGGGAGGAGGGGAGAGUGGGGAGGGAGGGAGGGAGGGGGGAGGGGAGGGGGGAGGGAGGGUGGGGAGGGAGGGGCGAGGGAUGGGGGAGGGUGGGGGAGAGUGGGGAUGGAGGAAGGAAGGAGGGGGAGGUGGUUUGAGGGAGGGGGGUCUCGAGGGGAGGUCGGGGCGCGGGGGGGGGGAGGAAGUUGGGGGAGGCUUGGGGGUGUCGGAGGGGAGCGUGGGGAGGAGCGAGUGGGAGCUUGGGGGAGAGAGAGUCGAGGAGUGAGGUGCGGGAGGGAGAGAGACGAGGGGAGAAUUGGAGAGGGAGGGAGCGUAGACAGGUCUGUCUAUGAUCCACAUGUGGUUUGUAUAUCUAAACCAUGUUGCACAGGUUUUAUGAACCUUUAGUGUCUCUCUGGAAAGCUGCACAGAUGACUGAAAAACAUCCUGCUCCUUUUUCAGACAGAACUAUGGUGCAAAUAUUGUAAAUCAAAAAGGGGAUUAUGGGUCCGAAGGUUAACUCAUUGUAUGUUAUUGUAGCAGAAUACCUUUUAGAGUACUACUUAGAUACAGUAUGCAGAGAAGGUGUUCUGAUCCAUAAUUAACUGUAUUGUAUUUCUUAAGGUCAAAACAAUAACAUACAAUGAUAGGUAGCUUGUGUGCCAUGGGGGUGUAUGGGAAGAAACAUUUCCUAAUUCUCAAACGUCAUCCAGCUGUGAGAAUAUGAGAACACUGACUCACAUAAUCCAUGGGAAUGUAACAUGACACUUACUACAUAAUGACAUGGGAAGUUACAUGCUCAACUUCUUUAUCACACAUUUUAGUUCAGGUUUAUGAGAUUGUCUCCAUAUGCAUUCAUAUGCACCACAAGUCUUAGUAUGCAUGUUGUAAACACAAUGCAGAAAAAUCACUCAAAACUAAUUUCAUUUGUUUUACUUUGCUAUGUACUUUGCUAUGUAUGUGCAUUCCACUUACUUAAAGACAGAUAAAAAAAAUUAUAUCACGGCAUAAUGUUACAGAAAGUCCAUUACAAUUUGCUUGAACACUUUUCGGCAGCUCAUUAGGUAAGUAUUGUAUUUCCCUUUCCUCUCCCUCCCCUAACAGAUCAGCUACAGUGGUAUUCGGUCCUUUGACCCCUCGGUGCCGUUACUGCGGCCUCCUCUGAUCGUGUCUCUGCCCUGGAACACUUCUCACCACGUCUUCAACCAGCUCCACCCAGGCACCACCUACCAGUUCAUCAUACGAGCCAGCACUGUCAAGGGCUUCGGCCUCCCAACCACACUCAACGUCACCACCAACAUCUCUGGUACAUUUAUUUAAAGGCCCAGUGCAGUCAAAAACGUGAUUUCCCUGUGUUUUAUAUACACUGAGUAUACCAAACAUUAGGAAUUCCCCCCCCCCCCCUUUGCCCUUUGAACAGCCUCAAUUAGUCAGGUAGUUGUCAAAAGCGUUCCACAGGGAUGCUGGCCCAUGUUGACUCAAAUGCUUCAACAUAUUACACCCCAUUGCCGUCAAUUACCCCCACUCUUGCAUUUUUCCUCCAUCUGUGAUUUUGCAUUUCAUUCUUGUCUGUCUUUUUCCUCAUAGCCCCAACACUGGAGGAGUAUGAUGGGUCCGAGGCGUUUCUGAAUGAGACGGCCACCACUAUCACGGUCCUACUGAAGCCAGCUCAGGCCAAAGGUGCCCCUAUCAGGUAAGAUAACUAAUGCCUGGCUUUGUUCUAGUCCAAGGGUUCCAUCCAGUCAUUUUAAUGACGCUCCUCCAUCCGUUUGCCUGACCUCUCUGUCAGUAUGUUUGUGUUGUGUUCUUUCCUGUACCUCCCUGUCCCUUAAUGCAGCACAGCUCACAAAUAGAGAGAGCAGUGCUGGGUAAUGUUCGCAGGGCAUUUAGAUAUUCAGGUCCAUGGCCCUGCCGAUCUCUAUUUGAUUUGGCCAUUGUUGGCCUGUACCUUUUCAUUUCCCCUCCCCUAUCACAAUCGGCAGGAAUAUGGAGUUUGAAGGUACUUGUCAUAAAGGGGAUUUGAAGAUAACUCUUUGCUCUCAGAUUCAGUAAAUCAGCUAUUAUGCGGCUAAGCCUGGGCUUCGAUUGUGAAAUUGGAGGGGCUGCAGAUGGGGAGAGGAAGGACAACAGCCCUGAAUACAAAACCAGCUGACUGCAUUUCUUCCUCACAAGCACUCAUUCAGUAGAUGUGGCAGUUGUUGCUAAUAUGUCACACACGCCUCUAAAUGUGGCUGUUUUUUUGUCUGGGAUACAGAUGUUGUGUACAGUAUUGUUACAGAUAUCAUAAAGAUUAAUCGCAUAAUCAGAUACCAAAUAUGCAAUGGAGGGUGGGUAUUAAGAUUGGGAAAUACACUGCAACUAGGAUUAUGUCAUGUUUUUACCAGCUUAAAGGUGCAAUGCAGCUGUUUUUAUCUCAAUAUCAAAUAAUUUCGGGGUAACAAUUAAAGAUGCAGUCAAGGAUCUUAAGCACAACAAAUUUGUAACAUGUUGUACGAACUGGGUUCGUAACAUAUCAUACGAAAUGCAAUUAAAUAAUAUGAAAAUAUUGGAAUUUUUCAGGACUUAACAUAUACGAAAUGGAUGACGUAGUAAAACACAAAAAUCUAGUUGUUUAAUGGCAUGGGCCUUUAAAGGAUUUAGGAGCAUCAACGAAACAAAGACGUGUGUUUUUAAAAUAGACAAUGAUUCAGAAUUGGACAGAUUGUGGCCUGAGUGCAUUAUCAAAAGUAUAGUUUCAUUUGACCAGUUUUUGCUGUGCGCCGUAAAACUGGCCAAGCUCUGAUGAAAGCCGAUUGGCUAAUCACGCAGCAACUCUGUGCAGCGGUAAUUUAGAGAGGGUUGGUUAAGGUGUGUAUGAGGGAUUGAGCUAUAGCGAGCCUCAGGCCAUCUGCUCAAAUAAUUUGUAACAGUUUGACAUGCAAUACAAGGAAGUGGAAACGAGCCAGAGCACUCACUCUAUUUCGGUGGAAGGGGGCAGAUUUUGUGUCCAUCUGCGCCCGGCAUUAUGGAGUGUCACUUGCAUUUUAGAUCUGCGGCGCUUUGAGCUAAAAUAGGAGCUAUGGAAGGUCAGGGAGGUGGCGAAGGCUGUCAGGCCGCUGGGCGCUAAUGGUGAGGGAAGGGUGGACGGGGGGAGAGAGACGCACCCCUGGGCAGUCAUUACAAAGGGUGGGAGGGGGGGUCGCACUCUCGGAGCGGAACUAAGGGUGGCGAAGUCCAGGAGGGGGGCUCUGAGCUGUGGAGUUGGAAGGAAGGAGUGUCUGCUAGGUUUACAGCUCCAUGGGUGUGUGAAAGUGCUCCUCUCCUCGCUCUGCGCUGUGUUACUACGUUGCCCUGGCACUGUGGUUAGUCCUUGUCUUGCCACGUUAAGACCCUUAGGGGGAGAGACGAAGCACAGCAGUGUGACUUUGAAAUACUAAUGAGAGACGUGACCUGUUUACUCCCACUGGAGUUUCAUCAACCUUUUCUCUCUAGUCUACAGCCUCCCAGUCUGAGAGAAUGGAUUGUUAUUCGUUCAAGGCUAUGUGCAGAUAAAUGGUCUCAGGUAGAGAUAUCAGGGCCUGUAGCGUACGAUGUUGCCAAGCCAGGGCUAAUUCAAGGAGUUAAACUCAUUUGGCAUGCCCUGUCUGUGCUCCGUGAAGUGAGAGAUUGCUUUAAGAUUAGCCUGCCUUUGGUUUGGCUAGCUGACUUUGUUUUCCUGUGUGUUUUGUGGGGACUGAUUGCCUGUGAUGUCCUGUCCCUCUCCGCAGUGCUUAUCAGAUUGUGGUGGAGGAGCUGAACCCACAUCGCACGCGCAGGGAGGCCAGCUCCGUGGACUGCUACCAGGUCCCAGUCUCCUUCCACGCCUCCAGUGGCGGUUCGCCGUAUUACUUUGCGGCAGAACUCCCGCCAGGGAACCUUCCGGAGCCCUCUCCAUUCACGGUGGGCGACAACAAGACAUACCACGGCUUCUGGAACCCUCCACUCGCCCCCAGGAAGAACUAUAACAUCUACUUCCAGGCCGUCAGCAGUGUGGAGAAGGUGAAUAUACACCACACUCUAUCAGCCAAUAGGACCCUUUAAUGUUCCCUCAUUGGGUUAUUGGGGUUUUAAAUCUGUCUUAAAACUGAGUUUUACAUUGAGGAGCAUUGUUUGCCACCCCACCCUUUUGAAUUAAUGAAAAUCCUUUCUUAUGUUGUACUAUAUAUAUUUUUUUAUUUUAUUCUUUUUUUUGUUUCACAGGAAACAAAAACACAAUGUCUGAGACUUGCAACAAAAGGUAAGACUUUUAUUUUUGCUUAUUUGUACAACAAUAAAAGUCCUUCUUGCCCAAUAUUAAUGCAUUGACUGUACAGUACAGUUGGAUUUCAAUCACUUUUCCCAGUAGCCAAUGAAUGCCCUCUCUCGUGUUCCAACAAAGAACUUUUACGUCAUAAUGCGUGUGCCACUUUAUUUUCUGUCGCUCUUCCAAGAGAAGUGUUGUGCAGCGAGGAUCUGGAU